AUGGGAUUCCCGACGUCCAUGCUCUGCCUGCUACUGGCUUGCAUCUGGAGGCUCCGGGGUGAGCCUGCUCUGGAGUCCCGGCAGGUGCAGCCUGUCGCUGCAUCAGCCACACCUGGGGCAAGUGCAGAGCUGCCGCCUGAGCCAGCCCAGGGACCCAGCCACAGCUACCAGGAGGUGACCCUUGCCGCAGGGAAUGCCACAACAGUGAUGGGAAGCCAGGAAGCCGAAGCCCUCAACUCCUUGGCCAUGUCUUCCUGGGAAAGGCGGCUCCAUCGGGCCAAGUGUGCGCCAUCUUAUUUGUUCUCCUGCUUUAAUGGGGGCGAGUGUGUGCACCCAGCUUUCUGUGAGUGUAGACGCUUCAAUGCCAGUGGACCACGCUGCCAGAUGGUGUACAAUGCCGGCCCUGAGAGGGAUAGUAUUUGCCGGGCGUGGGGGCAGCACCAUGUGGAGACAUUUGACGGCCUCUACUACUACCUCUCUGGGAAGGGCAGCUACAUGCUGGUGGGGCGCCAUGAACCUGAGGGGCAGAGCUUCUCCAUCCAGGUGCACAACGACCCACAGUGUGGCUCCGCCCCCUAUACCUGCUCAAGGUCUGUCAGCCUCUUCCUUGCGGGUGAGCAAGAGAUCCAUCUGGCCAAGGAAGUCACCCAUGGAGGCAUGAGAGUCCCACUGCCACAUGUGAUGGGGAACGUGCGUCUGCAGAGGCUUGCUGGCUAUGUCAUUGUGCGGUACCAGUCAGCCUUCACACUGGCCUGGGAUGGCGCCUCAGCUGUCUACAUCAAGAUGAGCCCAGAGUUCCUGGGCUGGACCAAGGGGCUGUGUGGAAACAACAAUGCUGACCCCCAGGAUGACCUGAUGACCAGCUAUGGAAAGCUGACGGAUGAUGUAGCUGAGUUUGUGCACAGCUGGCAGGAGCUGCUCCCCAACCACCCUCCAGGGCCCACAACCUCCUCCCUUCCUCGCCCACCAUGCCUGCAGCAGAACCCAGGAACCAUGCAGGGUGUGUAUGAGCGUUGUGAGGCACUGCUACGACCCCCCUUUGAUGUCUGCCAUGCCUACGUCAGUCCUCUGCCCUUUGCAGCCAGCUGUACCAGUGAUCUCUGCCAAUCAGGAAGCGACGAAGCCACCUGGUGCCGAGCACUGGCUGAAUAUGCUCGGGCAUGUGCACAGGCUGGGCGGCCCCUGCAGGGUUGGAGGACCCAGCUCUGGCAAUGCACCGUGCACUGCAAAGAGAAGGACUUUACCUACAAUGAGUGCAUUGCCUGCUGCCCCGCCUCCUGCCAGUCCCGGACGUCCUGUGUGGACAGCGAGAUUGCCUGUGUGGAUGGCUGCUACUGCCCCAACGGGCUGAUCUUCGAGGAUGGGGGCUGUGUGGCACCAGCUGAGUGUCCCUGUGAGUUCCAUGGGACUCUGUACCCACCUGGCUCUAUGGUGAAGGAAGAUUGUAAUACCUGCACGUGCACUGCUGGCAAGUGGAUGUGCAGUACUGCUGUCUGUCCAGCUGAGUGCUCAGUGACUGGUGACAUCCACUUCACCACCUUUGACGGCCGGAGGUACACUUUCCCUGCCACGUGUCAAUAUAUCCUGGCCAAGAGCCGCUCCUCGGGCACCUUCACAGUGACAUUGCAGAACGCCCCAUGUGGCCUGAACCAGGAUGGAGCCUGUGUCCAGUCAGUGUCAGUGAUUCUGCACCAGGACCCUCGGAGGCAGGUGACACUGACCCAGGCAGGAGAUGUCCUUCUCUUUGACCAGUACAAGAUCACCCCACCCUACACAGAUGAUGCCUUUGAGAUCCGCAGGCUGUCCUCUGUGUUCCUGCGGGUGAGGACCAACGUGGGCGUGCGAGUGCUCUACGACCGGGAAGGGCUACGGCUGUACCUGCAGGUGGACCAGAGAUGGGUAGAGGACACCGUGGGCCUCUGUGGCACCUUCAAUGGCAACACGCAAGAUGACUUCCUGUCCCCUGUGGGUGUGCCUGAAAGCACCCCACAACUCUUUGGCAAUUCUUGGAAAACACUAUCUGCCUGCUCUCCGCUGGUCUCUGGCUCCCCGCUGGACCCCUGUGAUGUGCAUCUGCAAGCCGCCUCCUAUGCAGUGCAGUCCUGCAGCGUGCUCAUGGGGGAGCUAUUUGCACCCUGCUCUGCCUACCUGAGCCCUGUGCCCUACUUUGAGCAGUGCCGCCGGGAUGCCUGCCGCUGUGGGCAGCCCUGCCUAUGUGCCACACUGGCCCACUAUGCCCAUCUGUGCCAGCGCCAUGGACUGCCAGUUAAUUUCCGUGCCAACCUGCCAGCCUGCGCACUAUCCUGUAAGGCCACCAAGGAGUACAGCCCCUGUGUGGCCCCAUGUGGACAAACCUGUCAAGACCUGGCCAGCCCUGAGGCCUGUGGACCUGAUGGUGAUAGUGAUUUUAGCAAGAAUGAGUGUGUAGAGGGAUGCACCUGUCCACCAGACACCUAUCUGGAUGCCCAAGCAGACCGCUGUGUCCCCAGGAACCAGUGCUCCUGCCACUUUCAAGGCAUGGAUUAUCCCCCUGGAAACAGUGACAUCCCAUCCCUGGGCCACUGCCACUGCAAAGAUGGAGUCAUGAGCUGUGAUAGCAGAGCCCCAGCUGCAGCCUGCCCAACAGGACAGGUCUUUGUGAACUGCAGUGAUGUGCACACAGACCCUGAGCUGAGCAGAGAGAGGACGUGUGAGCAGCAGCUACUGAACCUGAGCAGGCCAGCCCAUGGUCCCUGCCUGUCGGGCUGUGCCUGUCCCCACGGCCUGCUCAGACAUGGGGAUGCAUGUUUCCUACCAGAAGAGUGCCCAUGCACUUGGAAAGGGAAAGAGUAUUUCCCUGGGGACCAGGUGAUGUCUCCCUGCCAUACCUGUGUGUGCCAGCAGGGCUCGUUCCAAUGUACCCUGUACCCCUGUGCCUCCACCUGCACUGCCUAUGGAGACCGGCAUUACCGCACAUUUGAUGGGCUCCCAUUUGACUUCGUAGGGGCCUGCAAAGUGCACCUAGUCAAGAGCACAUCAGAUUUCAGCUUCUCUGUGAUCAUAGAAAAUGUGAACUGCUAUAGCUCUGGCAUCAUCUGCAGAAAAUUUAUUUCCAUCAAUGUUGGGAACUCACUCAUCAUCUUUGAUAACGACUCAGGAAAUCCUAGUCCUGAAAGUUUUCUGGAUGAGAAGCAGGAAGUCCACACAUGGCAAGCAGGGUUCUUCACACUGGUGCAUUUCCCGCGGGAGCACAUCACCCUCCUGUGGGACCAGAGAACCACAGUGCAUGUCCAGGCUGGGCCUCAGUGGCAGGGUCAGCUGGCAGGCCUCUGUGGGAACUUUGACCUAAAAACCAUCAAUGAGAUGAGGACUCCAGAAAACCUAGAGUUAACUAACCCCCAGGAGUUUGGCAGCAGUUGGGCUGCAAUUGAGUGCCCAGACACCCUUGACCCCCGGGACACAUGUGUCCUGAAUCCUCUCCGAGAACCGUUUGCCAAGAAGGAGUGUGGCAUCCUGCUCAGCGAGGUGUUUGAGACCUGCCACCCCGUGGUCGAUGUCACUUGGUUUUAUUCAAACUGCCUGACGGACACAUGUGGGUGCAGCCGGGGUGGUGACUGUGAGUGCUUCUGCGCCAGCGUGUCUGCCUAUGCCCACCAGUGCUGCCAGCAGGGGGUGGCUGUUGACUGGCGGACCCCCCGCCUCUGCCCAUAUGACUGUGACUUCUUUAACAAAGCACUAGGUAAGGGCCCCUACCAGCUGUCCAGUGUGGCGGCUAGUGGUGCCCUGGUGGUCAUGAAGGCUGUGGGCAAUGACAUAGCCCUAGUGAGGGCAGAAGAUGUGGCACCAGGGGACAUUGUGAAUUUCCUGCUGACAGCUGCUCUGUACAAGGCCAAGGCCCAUGACCCAGAUGUGGUAUCUCUGGAGGCAGCAGACAGACCCAACUUCUUCUUCCAUGUCACCGCCAAUGGGUCUGUGGAGCUGGCUAAGUGGCAGGGCAGUGAAACCUUCCAUCACCAUGCCUCCUUCUUGCUGCAUCAAGGGACUUGGCGGGUGGGCCUGGUGGCCCUGGAAUCUCUGGCAAAGCCAGGCUUCUUCCUCUAUGUAUCAGGCCUUGGGCUGGCCUUGCGGCUAUAUGAGCACACAGAGGCAUUCCGCUGGGGCACACUCUUCCACCUUUGGGAUGCCAAGUCACUGGGGGCUGCCUACCCAAUCUGUGAGUGGCGCUACGAUGCCUGUGCCAGCCCCUGCUUCCAAACCUGCCGGGACCCACAGGCAGCCAGCUGCCAGGAUGUACCCAGGAUAGAAGGCUGUGUCCCUGUGUGCCCUGCUCCCAAGGUCCUGGAUGAAAUCACACAGAGAUGUGUCUACUUGGAGGAUUGUGUAGAGCCUGCAAUUUGGGUUCCCGCAGGGGCGCUUGGCAAUGAGACUCUGCCUCUCGGGCAAGUGCCACCCACCUCCAGUGACAAGCAACCUCAACUUCUUCAGGAAACUCUCAGGGCCCCCACCUACAGGCCAGCUCUCACUCCAGCAGCUCCACUCACCGGGGCCCUGAACCCACCAAUGGCAGCCAGUAAAGUGCCAGUACUAUCCCCAAGCCCCACCCAGUCCUCUCUGCAACAGCCACUGGGGCUCACCGCAUCCAACCUCUCUACCCACCCCACAGAGGCCCCUGCCAGCAAGGGAGCGACUACCAGCCUCCUGGCCACCUCCUACCCCCCAGAAUCUGCAACCCUCCCCCUUUUGCUGCAGACACCUACACCUGGCAUGGUAUCAGGUGCUGUGGAGACAGCCAGGGUGACUAUGACCUUCGCAGGGAGCCCCAACAUCACAGUCUCCUCACGGUCACCCCCUGCACCUCGCUUCCCACUCAUGACCAAAGCAGUGACAGUCACAGGUCAUGGCUCCUUGACUAUUAAGACGACACCCCUACAGCCUGCCUUGCCAGCAAGUAUCUCCUCCAGGCCUGUGGCUUCUUCUGGAGUGAUCUCCAUGUCCCCUACCUCCUCAGGAUCCCACAAGACUUUGUUGACACCCUCAUUAGCUAAGGUCACAAACAAGACAGAGAUCCCCCAGCCCAUUCAGACCCAGACCCUUUCGAGUCCCAGCAGCUCCCCGGCCACGUCCAGCACAGCACCACAGCAGACUCCAGUUAGUUCUCUUGCCGCAACAGGAAGGCAGGUAGUGCCAUCCACAGAGAAGGGUGCGACUGGGCAUGGCCAUCCCAUAGGACUGCCAGCAUCCCCACAUCCAAGUCUAGUCCCCACUGCCCUGCCCCGCCCAGUCCAGCAUACCUCAGCUACCAGGCCUACAGCUCUGUCCCCAGGGCCCCUAGUAGCCACCAGCCUGACCACAGUUGCUCACGGGCUAGGGGCCACAGCCUCCAGGUAUCUGGAGUCAACUCGGCCAUCCCAGCUCCUCUCUGGUCUGCCUCCUGAUACCAGCCUACCCUUGGCCAAGGUGGGCACAUCUGCCUCAGUGGCCACAUCAGGCCCCAAAGGCUCUGUCAUCACGCCUCCACUUCAGCAUCAGGCCACGUCUCUGACGAUAACCACAACUCCACCUGCUCUGACACUUAGCCCAGCACUGCCUCUCACCCCGGCUGAAGAUACAACAAGCAUAGCUCCAGGCCUGCUUCUGGGAGCCAAACGCCCAACCUCUGGAGGUGUGGCCAUGGCUGCAGGGGUGGCCUCCACAGUAUCCAUUGCUCCACGAAAGAGCACCACACAGAAAAUGACCAUCCUUUCCAAGCAAGUGUCUCUGCCUACUUCUGUAUAUGGUUCUGCCCAAGGUGGGACCACAGAGUUCACACCUGCUGUGGUCCGCACCCUUGCCACAUUGGUGACUGAGGCUGAGGGCUUCUGGACUGGCACAGUGUCACCAGUGCCCACAUCCUACCCAUUGGGCCAUGUUUCAGCCAGGACGAGCUCCCGGGAGAGCUCACUGGUUCUGCUGCCUCAGCAGACAGAGGCCCAUGGAACCUCAGCAGGGCCCCAGCCCCAAGCGGAGCCAGUUGGUGAGGCCACCACAGAGCAGUCUGGGCGCUCAGCCCCAGCCCAGAGCAUUGCACAGGGUCCUGCUGAGUCCUUGUCAACCACUACUGAGGCCAACACAUCUGCCACCUGUGUUCCAAUUGCAGAGCAGGACUGCAUCCGCCACAUCUGCCUAGAAGGCCAGCUGAUUCGUGUGAACCAGUCCCAGCACUGUCCUCAGAGCGCUGCACCCCCUCGCUGUGGGGUCCUGGGCCUUGCAGUGCGGGUGGGCGGGGACCGCUGCUGCCCCCUCUGGGAAUGUGCCUGUCGAUGCUCAGUCUUCCCUGACCUGAGCUUCGUGACCUUCGAUGGGAGUCAUGUAGCCCUGUUCAAGGAGGCCAUCUACAUCCUCAGCCAGAGCCCAGACGAAAUGAUCAGCGUCCAUGUCCUGGACUGCAAAAGUGCCAACCUGGGACAUCUGAACUGGCCCCCAUUCUGUCUGGUGGUACUAAAUGUGACUCACCUGGCCCAUCAGAUCACAGUUGACCGCUUCAAUAGGAAGAUAACUGUGGACUCACAGACUGUGCGGCCACCUGUGAACAGGUACGGGUUCCGAAUUGAGGAUACAGGACACAUGUACAUGAUCCAGACUCCUUUAUACAUCCAGAUCCAGUGGCUCCACAGUUCAGGACUCAUGAUCCUGGAGGCCAGCAAAGCCAGCAAGGCCCAAGGCCAUGGCCUGUGUGGGAUCUGUGAUGGAGAUGCAGCCAAUGACCUCACCCUGAAGGAUGGCUCUGUGCUGGGCAGGGCUGAGGAUCCUGCUCCCUUUCUGGACAGCUGGCAGGUGCUCAGCUCCUUGACCUCAGAAGGCCAGACCCGGUUCCGCCCAGACAGCUGUGCCACUGCAGACUGCUCUCCCUGCCUUCGCAUGGUGUCCAACCGCACCUUCAGCGCCUGUCACCGCUUUGUUCCCCCAGAGUCGUUCUGUGAGCUGUGGAUCCGGGACACCAAGUAUGUACAGCAACCCUGUGUGGCACUGACCGUAUAUGUGGCUAUGUGCCACAAGUUCCAUGUGUGCAUUGAGUGGCGGCGCUCUGACUACUGCCCCUUCCUGUGCUCCAGUGACUCUACCUACCAAGCUUGUGUGACAGCCUGUGAGCCCCCCAAGUCAUGCCAGGAUGGGAUGCUGGGUCCACUGGACCCUGAGCAGUGCCAGGUACUGGGUGAGGGCUGCAUCUGUUCUGAGGGCACCAUUCUGCACCGGCGCCACUCUGCGCUCUGCAUCCCUGAGGACAAGUGUGCAUGCACCGACAGCAUGGGGGUGCCGCGGGCCCUGGGGGAGACCUGGAACAGCUCCCUCAGUGGCUGCUGCCAACACCGGUGUCAAGCCCCAGACACCAUCGUACCAGUGGACCUGGAAUGUCCUCGCCCCCAGCCUGAAAGCUGCCCACGCUUUGGGGAAGAGGCCCUACUCCUGCCCACUGAGGACCCCUGCUGCCUGGGGAUUGUCUGUGUGUGUAACCAGACUCUGUGUGAGGGACUGGCCCCCACCUGCCGUCCAGGCUACCGACUCGUCACCCACUUCCAGGAGGACUCCUGCUGCCCCAGCUACAGCUGUGAGUGUGACCCCAAUCUGUGUGAAGCGGAGCCAGUUCCCAAUUGCCGCCAGGACCAGACCUUGAUCGCAGGCCGCCUGGUGGACUCCUGCUGUACCUCCUACUUCUGCGCCUGUGGCGAUUGUCCAGAUCCCAUCCCUGAGUGUCAGGAAGGGGAAGCACUCACGGUGCACAGGAACACCACGGAGCUCUGCUGCCCUCUGUACGAGUGUGUGUGUGAGAGCUUCCGCUGCCCCCAGGUGCAAUGUGGCAUGGGCACUGCGCUGGUCGAGGUAUGGAGCCCAGACCGCUGUUGCCCCUACAAGUCCUGUGAGUGUGACUGUGACACAAUCCCAGUGCCCCGGUGCCAUCUGUGGGAGAAGUCCCAGCUUGAUGAGGAGUUCAUGCACAGUGAGGAGAACGUGUGUGGCUGCGCCAAGUACGAGUGCGUGAAGGCCCCCGUGUGUCUCAGCCGUGAGCUGGGGGUGAUGCAGCCUGGCCAGACAGUGGUGGAGCUCUCGGCAGAUGGCGUGUGCCACACCUCCCGCUGCACGGACCUGAUCGACCCCCUCACCAGCUUCUAUCAGAUCAACACCACCUCCGUGCUGUGUGAUGUCCACUGCGAGGCGAACCAGGAGUAUGAGCACCCCCGAGAGCUGGCGGCCUGCUGUGGCUCCUGCAGGAACGUGUCCUGCCUCUUCACCUUCCCCAAUGGCACCACCUCCCUGUUCUUGCCAGGGGCAUCCUGGAUCGCAGACUGCACUCGUUACCACUGUGGCAGCACUCCCCUGGGUGCUGUGCUUGUCCGCUCGCCCAUCAGCUGCCCACCACUCAAUGAGACCGAGUGUGCCAAGGUUGGGGGCUCUGUGGUACCUUCCUUGGAAGGAUGCUGUAGGACAUGUAAGGAGGAUGGGCGCUCCUGCAAGAAGGUGACCAUCCGCAUGACCAUCCGCAAGAAUGACUGUAGGAGCAACACCCCUGUCAACCUAGUGUCCUGCGAUGGGAGGUGCCCCUCUGCCAGCAUCUACAACCACAAUAUCAAUACCUAUGCUCGCUUCUGCAAGUGCUGCCGGGAGGUGGGACUGCAGCGGCGCUCCGUACAGCUCUUCUGUGCUGCCAACGCCACCUGGGUGCCCUACACAGUGCAGGAGCCCACCGAUUGUGCCUGCCAAUGGUCCUGA